AUGGGGUUCUUCAAGAAGGACAAGCCUUCAGAGAAGGAACAGCCUCGACAACAGAUGGCUCAAUUAUCACCGACACUCAAUGAAAAGGGCUUCCCGCAACAACCAUCUUCACCUGGAUAUGGAACACCAUUAGUACCCCCAUCGCCUGGAUUCUCUACACCACCAAUGUCCGGACGAGCAUCAGUUGCCGGCUCCGUACACAGCACUUUCCUCGACGACAUCAAACAUGAGGUUAUGGUCAACUACCUCUUCCAGCAGCAAUGCGGUGCCUUAUGGGUCGGUGACGGCAGCGGGGAGAUUGAGGGUGUACUGCUAAGAAAAAGCCGGGGAAACUACAUGGCGUGCCCGCCUCAACUCGCCGAGUCUGCUUUCGCGCACUACUGUGCCCAGCUCAAUGUCCAGGUCGCCAUGACCGUGAACUCCCGAAUCAUCAAGACAUUCCUCCAAUGCGCUCCCGACGCCGUCGAUGUACCGCUCAUGAACGGUCUACGAGUACAAAUCCUUCCCACGAUUGACGAUCUACCGAAGGCUAGGAAGCACCAGUUCGCCGCUUUCAUCGCAUCAGAGGCUCUCCUUAUCGUGUGGGACGACGAAGCCAUGAACAUCAUCAACCGCGCAAAGGCCAUUGAGAACGAGCUGAUGCAACUGGUGUGGAAGACCGGUGAAGUAGAGGAGGAGGACGAGGGCUCUAAGAAAGGACCUGCCGUCGUAGAAUGCGAGAUCGACGAGGAAAGCGGCGAGGUGAAGCCGGAAAAGCGACCGACGCACAUCAUGAACAGUGUGCUAGUCGGAUUCACCUUGCUGAUCAUCACUGUCAUGUUGGGCGCUGGUUUCCGACAGAUCGCCAUCGAGGUCAUGGUCGACAAGGGCUACGCUCGUCUUGCGCUGCUCGUCCUCACGCCCAUCCAGGUCUUCUUCACGCUUUUCUUCGCACAGGUAAUCGUUGGCUGUAUCGCACAAUGCAUCGGUCCCGUUCGCCAGAUGACACAGAACUCGAGAUAUUACUCGGCACUUCUGCCUCGUCGCAUUACAGGCAGAACACUACCGCACAUUACCAUUCAGUGCCCAGUCUACAAGGAGGGUCUCGCAUCUGUCAUUGCACCAACCGUUAAGUCCAUCAAGCAGGCUAUGUCUACCUACGAAUUGCAGGGUGGUUCUGCGAACAUGUUCAUCAAUGACGACGGUCUGCAAAUCAUCGGUGAGGAAGAGCGCCAGGCCAGAAUCGAGUUUUAUGCAGACCACAGCAUUGGAUGGACCGCACGUCCAAAGCACGGCGAGAAUGGAUUCACGCGCAGAGGCAAAUUCAAGAAGGCCUCUAACAUGAACUUCGGCCUCAUGAUUUCCAACAAUGUCGAAGAAAAGCUAGCUCAAAUCCACCGCCCCGAGGAUUGGUCUCAGAACGACGAGGCGCGCGAAUAUGAGCGCUGCCUCAAGGAAGUUCUCGAGGAGAACGGCCGCGCGUGGGCAGAUGGCAACAUCCGUGUCGGCGACUACAUCAUCCUUAUUGACUCCGAUACUCGUGUGCCGGCCGACUGCUUGCUUGAUGCUGCCAGCGAAAUGGAGCAGUCUCCGGAAGUCGGCAUCAUGCAGUUCUCGUCUGGUGUCAUGCAGGUUGUCCACACGUAUUUCGAGAACGGUAUCACUUUCUUCACCAACUUGAUCUACACGGCCAUUCGAUACACGGUCUCCAACGGUGACGUUGCUCCGUUUGUCGGCCACAACGCUAUCCUCCGGUGGUCCGCCAUCCAGCAGGUUUCUUUCUUCGACGAAGACGGCUACGAGAAGUUCUGGUCAGAAUCUCACGUGUCCGAAGACUUCGACAUGUCGCUUCGUCUGCAGUGCAAUGGCUACAUCAUCCGUCUAGCCGCCUGGGCUGGCGAGGGCUUCAAGGAGGGUGUCUCGCUCACUGUCUACGACGAACUGGCGCGUUGGGAAAAGUACGCGUACGGCUGCAACGAGCUUCUGUUCCACCCAAUGCGCCUCUGGCUCACCCGCGGACCAUUCACCGAGCUCUUCCGCCGCUUCCUGUUCAGCAACAUCCGAUUCACCUCGAAGGUCACUAUCGUUUCAUAUAUCGGUACCUACUAUGCCAUAGGCGCUGCCUGGAUACUAACGACCGCAAACUACUUCGCCAUCGGCUGGUUCAACGGAUAUCUCGACAAGUACUACAUCGACAGCUGGAAAGUGUGGUUCUCCAUCGUCAUCGUCUUCAACGGUCUCGGCAAUGUGGCGCUCGCAAUCAUGAGAUACCGCAUCGGCGACCGCAGCUUCUUCGGCGCGCUGCUCGAGAACUUAAAGUGGAUCCUCAUGUUGGCCAUCUUCCUGGGUGGUCUCUCUCUCCACGUCUCGCAAGCGCUAUUGGCACACAUGUUCGAGAUCGACAUGACCUGGGGCGCCACCUCCAAGGAAGCCGAAUUCUCCAACUUCUUCAUCGAAGUGCCCAAAGUGCUGAAGAGCUUUAAAUACAGCAUCGCAUUUGCGCUGUUCGGCAUCUUCGGCAUGAUUUUCCUUGCCGUCGCGCCCUGGGUGCCGCAUGAUUGGAUGAUCAAGGAUUUCGUGGCUAUCUUGCCCAUGGCGACGGUCACGGUGAGCCAUCUGUUGUUGCCAAUAGCACUCAAUCCCGCGUUGAUGACCUUCUCGUGGUAA